AUGGAUUUCCUCAAACAAAUAAGAAAACGACAAAAUGAUAUAAAAAUAUCGAAUAUUUUCAAUUUUUCACCAUUAACGAAUGAAGAAAAAAACCAUUUAAUUAAAGUAUAUGGGCUUUUAGCAUUAGGAACAAUGAUAACUGCGUUUAGCUGUUACUUUGAUAUUUAUUUUAUAAGAAUCCCAAGAUUUCUAGCCUCUAUGAUUAGCUUAAUAUGCUCCUUUGCACUGGCUUGGUCAUGUAAUUCUCAUCAUGAUUUAGUUUCUACAUCAAAAAAGAGAUUACUGUAUUUCGGUGGUAUAUCAUCUUCUAUUGGAAUUUUAAUUAGUGAUUAUAUCAGUUAUGUUAAUUAUUUAAAUCCUUCAAUACUUCCUCUAGCUUUUUUUGGUAGUUUAUCGAUAUUUUGUUGCUUUUCUCUGGCAGCUAUAUUUUCAAAAAAUAGGAUUUCACUAUUUUUGGGAGCUGUCUUAUGUGCUGUAUGUUCUUACGUUACGUUAAUUUCUUUUAUGAACUUUUUUAUAAGAUCAAAAUUUAUUGAUACAACAUUAUUAUAUAUUGGAUUCUUUAUGUAUAUGGGGUUUGUGUUGUUUGAUACUCAAAUUACUUUAUUCGAUUUUCGUAGAGGAAAUAAGGAUUAUAUCAUGCAUUCCAUUUGUCUCUAUUUAGAUUUAGUUGGAUUAUUUACACAUUUAUUAAGAAUUUUAAGUCAGAAAGAAGAAGAAAAAAAAAAAAAUUAA